GUCUGCUUUUCUUUUUUUCUUUUCAGAAUCAAAUAGAACGUAUUGAUUCAGCAGAACUGGCUGAUUGUGCAGCAGUCGUCAUGAAUAGGCACAGGGUCAUCUGUUUCUUAACACAUGUAUAAGAUAAAAAGGUUCAGACAAGGAACUGGAUGGUAUUUUCUGACAAAUGGAGAACUAUUUCCAAGCAGAGGCAUAUAACCUCGAUAAGGUUUUAGAUGAAUUUGAACAAAAUGAAGAUGAUGCUGUUUCACCUACAUUAUUGGGUGCAAAGUGGAAUCAGGUUCUAGAUCCCCCUUCUCAUCGGCUGUCAUGUAAUCCAGCUCUGUCCAGCGUGCAUGAAGCUUCAAUUCCUAAUGAGUGUCAACAGAGAUUAAAGUCUUUCUCCCUGACCCAUUCAACCACCACUCCAACAGGAGGAGAGGGGGAUCAUUGUGCUAAUGGAAUGGAUCUUAGUAUAAAUCCAGAGACCCCAACUGUGUGGAUUGAUGAUCAGGCAAAAGCAGAUGAUCAUUUAAUGAAGAGAAAUAGUAAUCAGGAUGAUCAGUGUAAUGCUAUGGAAACAGGAGAAAGGAAAUGUGGAAAUCCAGCCUGCUUGCCAGAAGAGAAGAAUGUUCUAGUAGUGGCAGUCAUGCAUAACUGCGACAGAAGGACUCUACAAAGUGGCAAUUUGCUGGAUUGUAAAAAUUACAGCACUCAGUCCUUAAUGGACACUAUUAGCUUUACACUGGAUAAUGAAAACCGACAGAAUGAUCAGUUUGGUGUUACUGUAAAUGGAUCCACUGAAAAAGAUACAGAUACAGAAAAGCAAGGAGUACAGUUAGAUCGGCUGUAUGCUGAGGCUGACUCUGUUAGCCAUUUGAUUAAUACUUCAUCUGAUAGUCUGUCCAAUGCAUGCCUCCCCCAUCGAUUAAAGGAUGAUUUUAAUAUUAAUAGAGACUCUCUGUUCUCAGAGUCUACAAUUGCAGGGAUUAAUGCAGUGACCUUAUUGCAGAGACCAGCUGAUGGUACUGUUAAAACACAAGAGAGUUGUGCAUCAGUUGAGGAUUUUAUUAGCAGAGCAAUUACUCAAAGAAAAGAUCUGGAAGCUAAAAAUUCUUCUCCUAGUUCAAGUAAUGGAAGUUUCAUGAUAGAGGAAACUGUAGAAGAACAAACAUCUCAACUGUAUCAAUCUGGGCUACCUGUGCUCUCUCAAACUUGUCAGCCUAAUAUGUCUGAAAGUGGCAAUUACAGUGAACGCUUUGAAGAACGUAUUACUUCUGAGGAUGUUAGUGGUGUGGAAAGUGAAGUCAGUGAAUGUGACAAAAUUCUCAGCACAACUGAAUCGCUCAGUGGGGCAGAGUGUUUCCCUGAAUCUCAGGAGAUGACUAAUUGGGAAUUGACUAAACUGAAUAAUAAGCAAACUCAUGGCGAGAAUGAAAGACUUUUGCAGAUGAAAGAGCCUGAGGCGGCUUGUAGUGAUAGUGGGAAAGAUGGAGAUGGGAUGAUGGAAGCAGGCAUGGACAUAAAGGGGAUUUAUAUAGAUGAGCUCGAAGGGUCCAGUCUCUCUGAUGUUAUGGGUACAUCAGCAGCAAGCUCUCUGUCUAAUGGUUGUGAUUCCUAUGGAAUGCAGAACCCAAUUGUUGCUCAUAUUCCAAAGACUUUACCCUCCAAGGAAGACUCAGUGACAGAGGAAAAGGAGAUAGAGGAGAGCAAGUCAGAAUGUUACACUAAUGUUUAUGAACAAAGAGGAAAUGAGGCUGCUGAUGGGAGUGGUCUCAUUUUAAACAGCACUGGUGACCAAAUGAAGAAAAAUUAUGUACAUAGUCUCUGCAGUCAGGUACCAUCUCUGCACGGGCAAACAUUACCAAAAACAGUAACUAACCUGCAACCUAUCAGUGUUCCAUUUGGUGGUGCAAGACCCAAACAACCUACAAAUCUUAAAUUGCAAAUUCCAAAGCCAUUAUCGGACCAUUUACAAAACGACCUUGUUCCCCCAAACUGUGGAGGUAAUACUAAAAAUAAAAAUGAUGUCUUUGGUAAAGCAAAAAUAGGGGAAACCUUGGCAGCAGAUAUGUUUCCUGAUGAGAAAUCGUUAAAUGCCUCCAUUGCUGAUACCACUGGGGAACAUUUAGAAGAGUAUGAGUCUGGGGUCUCUAGUAGUCCGUGCCUUGCAGUAGCCCCAGAUAGUCCAGAUAAUGAUCUCAGAGCUGGUCAGUUUGGAGCUCCCACCAGAAAGCCAUUUACUACUUUAGGUGAGGUGGCUCCAGUUUGGGUUCCAGAUUCUCAAGCACCAAACUGCAUGAAAUGUGAGGCCAGAUUUACAUUCACCAAAAGGAGGCAUCAUUGCAGAGCAUGUGGGAAGGUUUUCUGUGCAGCAUGCUGCAGUCUGAAAUGCAAGUUGCUGUACAUGGACAGAAAAGAAGCCAGAGUGUGUGUAAUCUGUCAUUCAGUACUAAUGAAUGCUCAAGCCUGGGAGAACAUGAUGAGUGCCUCAAGCCAGAGUCCUAACCCUAACAAUCCUGCUGAAUACUGUUCUACUAUCCCUCAUUCCCUCUGAAGCGUUAGGAACUGGCCACUGUCAAAAGACAGGAUGCUGGGCUAGCUAUCCCUCCCCCCAAAGACACUUGUCAUGUGGGUUGGGUCAAAGGGAAAGAGAAAUGCAGACAGGAAAUUGGCUCAACCCAGAGAACAAAGACGUGUUUGGUUUGCUGAUGGGAUAUUACCUAAUGGAGAAGUUGCUGAUGCAGCAAAAUUGACAGUGGCUGGGACAACUCCUACAGGAACCCUAGCAGUGUCACAUGAUCCAACCAAGCCUGUGACCAACAGCUCUUUAUCAGUAGAGACUGAUAACACUUCUGGAUUCUCGGGAAGUAUAACUCAGGUUGGCAGUCCAGUUGGCAGUGCGAUGAACCUGAUCCCUGAAGAUGGUCUUCCUCCAAUUCUGAUCUCCACUGGAGUAAAAGGAGACUAUGCUGUAGAAGAAAGACCUUCUCAGAUCUCUGUGAUGCAGCAGCUGGAAGAUGGCAGCCCUGACCCUCUUGUGUUUGUUUUAAAUGCAAAUUUGCUGUCCAUGGUUAAAAUUGUGAAUUAUGUGAACAGGAAGUGCUGGUGUUUCACUACAAAGGGAAUGCAUGCAGUGGGGCAGUCGGAGAUAGUGAUUCUCCUGCAGUGUUUACCUGAUGAGAAGUGUUUGCCGAAGGAUAUCUUUAAUCAUUUUGUGCAACUUUAUCGGGACGCCUUGGCAGGUAAUGUCGUGGGCAGCUUGGGACACUCCUUUUUCAGCCAGAGUUUUCUUGGCAGUAAGGAACAUGGUGGAUUUUUAUAUGUGACGUCUACAUAUCAGUCACUGCAGGACCUGGUGCUCCCAACUCCGCCCUACUUGUUUGGAAUUCUUGUUCAGAAAUGGGAGACUCCCUGGGCUAAAGUGUUCCCCAUCCGACUGAUGCUGAGACUUGGAGCUGAAUACAGACUUUAUCCUUGCCCACUUUUCAGCGUCAGAUUUCGUAAGCCAUUGUUUGGGGAGACUGGACACACAAUUAUGAAUCUUCUUGCAGACUUCAGAAAUUACCAAUAUACGUUGCCAGUGGUCCAAGGUUUAGUGGUUGAUAUGGAAGUGAGAAAAACCAGCAUCAAAAUCCCCAGCAACAGAUAUAAUGAGAUGAUGAAAGCCAUGAACAAGUCUAAUGAGCAUGUUCUAGCUGGGGGAGCAUGCUUCAAUGAGAAAGCAGACUCUCACCUAGUGUGUGUCCAGAAUGAUGAUGGGAACUACCAGACGCAGGCCAUCAGUAUUCAUAAUCAGCCAAGAAAGGUGACUGGUGCCAGCUUCUUUGUGUUCAGUGGAGCUUUAAAAUCCUCUUCGGGCUACCUUGCCAAGUCCAGCAUUGUGGAAGAUGGUGUAAUGGUCCAGAUAACUGCUGAGAACAUGGACUCCUUGAGGCAGGCUCUGAGAGAGAUGAAAGACUUCACUAUUACUUGUGGCAAAGUAGAUGCUGAAGAGCCUCAGGAACAUGUUCAUAUUCAGUGGGUGGAUGAUGACAAAAACUUUAACAAGGGUGUUAUAAGCCCCAUUGAUGGCAAAUCCAUGGAGUCUAUAACCAGUGUGAAGAUAUUUCAUGGCUCGGAGUAUAAAGCAAAUGGAAAGGUCGUUAGGUGGACGGAGGUGUUCUUUCUGGAGAAUGAUGACCAACAUAAUGGUCUAAGUGACCCAGCAGAUCAUAGCAGACUGACUGAGAAUGUGGCCAAGGCUUUCUGUUUAGCUCUCUGUCCUCACCUUAAGUUAUUGAAGGAAGAUGGAAUGACUAAGCUAGGUCUGCGUGUUACACUUGACUCGGAUCAAGUUGGCUAUCAAGCUGGGAGUAAUGGACAGCCACUGCCCUCUCAAUACAUGAAUGACCUGGACAGUGCCUUAGUUCCAGUGAUUCAUGGAGGAGCAUGUCAGCUGAGUGAGGGGCCAGUCAUAAUGGAGCUCAUCUUUUAUAUUCUGGAAAACAUCUCAUAAGAGGACUUCAUUUUCUGUUCAGACCUGUUCCAGCAGCAGUUGUAUCUGAAUCAUUUGCACUUUAAAACUGGAAGAUUAAGCUUUUGUUAACACUAUUGGGGGGAGGGGGGGAGUUGUUCCAUAAUUCUAAAUCUUCUAUGCAUUGUCAACAAACAGAGGAUCAGGGCAGCUUCUAUACUACAAAAUGUCUAUGCUAUCCUUGCAGCUCAUACAGUUCUGUUACUGUUUAGAAAAAUAAUGCUCAUAUUUAAAGACUUAAUUACAGUCAUGUACUCUAAAUGCUCAAACGGGUGCAAAGAUCACUGGGGCGUAAAUAAAAGAUGAAAUGUCAAAUUUGUACUGUUUGUAGAUGGACAUGUAAGAAGAAACAAUCAAGACCUCCAUUCUGACCUCAUCAUUAAUGCCAUUUGUGGUUAUUCUGUAGACAUUAAAAAGUAAUGUUUACAUUAUUUUGACCAGAUUACUGGUUGAAGUACAUCAGAGACACUUUAGGAUAUGCCUAGUGAGUUGCAUGGGAAGGUUACCUAGCCAAAAAAAAUGGCAUAUGAGGCUGCCAAUCAUUCAGUCUGAAUGAAAGAAAGGGCAUAUCUUGGACAGUGGUAUAUAAUUUAAACUUGCAGUUUUGUGUGUAUAUUAGGCUAGUAUACUUAUUUUUUCCCUACUUGUUAUAAAAAUUGUCACCUCAGAUUUCUAUAACCUAGAAAAACUUUGCCAUUCUGUAUUUUGUUUAUGAAUCUCAAUGGUAUACACCUGUCACAGGUAAAAGAAAAGUUAGCCCUAAAGUGCGGUUAUGGUAUUCCUGUUCCCCCAGUAGGUCCUGCUUUAUAAAGAAAAGUAACACCCAGGGCACUUUUGUAAGUCUCCUCAUUGCUGUAGACUGUAGUGUAACACUAGUGUCAUGUAACACAAUUUGCACUUAACACUUCAUAUUAGCAGCACCAUGUAACGCUUACCCCCAUAACAAAAGCACAAAGUGGCUGUUGCAUGAUGUGCUAAAAAAGAGGCUUUUGGUUCAGCUCAGAAAACUUGCACUUGGCCUCACCUACAAACAAAGGGCAGGUGAGAGGGGAGCAGCUGCUCACUUCUGCUACACAGCAUUAGGAAAACGAGGAACAGCCAAUACGAAUGUGGUUCCACAUUCUUUACUAAAUCAAAUUUCCAUCCAAAGAACAUGGCUAGUAAGUGGAAAGAGCUGAAAGCAGGAGUAAUGAGCUAGUUUAGCCAUGCAUAGGCGCUGCUGCUUGACUGUUACGACCCUCUUCUUGGGGAUGGGAAGAGAUGAGAAACACUGUUAAAGCAAGUCUUUGAAUCUGGCCAACUUUUAGUGGUGACCUCCGUCAAUUCUGAUUUGAAACUAAUUUGCACUGUGGAAAGAGCAGCUUUUGCAGCAGAACAAAGGAACAGUAAAGCUAGAGUUAGGCUGAUACAAGCAAAUAGACAUAGCAGAAGGGAAACAACUCUACAGGUAGCAAUCAAUGUAUUUUACAAAAAGGUACAAUAGCUGUAUAGGUGCUGAAUGGAAUUGUGAAUAAAUGGCUACUGCUUUUUUAAAAACAGUAAAACUAUCCACAUACAGUCUAGAAAAUUCCAGCUGCCACCUCAGGACAUGUCUGGAAGGAAGAGUUGUAGAAUUAAUAAAAACAAUCACUGGACAGGAGAGCACUUAGUCUCACUUUUUGUUUGCAUUAAAAUUCACCUUAUCUCUGUCAUUUGGUAAUAGGUGGCCAUGUGCUACUCUUAAAAUGUUUCUGGCUGAUCAAAGUUUAAGUUCCUACACAGCAAUCCAAGAGGCUUCCUGCAUUUUCAUUUGUUUUGCUGUAAAGAAAUGUAAUUAAGUUUGACUUGAGUUAUUUUGAAAUUCCCUACAACACAUUUUGUUUUUGCACACUCUUGAGUGUUGAUAUACAUGUCUACAGAGUGUAAGUAAAGCUCUUUUGAUUGACAACUACCAUAAAAUCCUACUGCUGGAAACUCCAUUCCAGCACUGCCACGGCAGAAGUUUUUCAGUUACUUUAGUUCCAUUAAGUUAUGCUUAUUGAGGCUAAAAAAACAAUCUUCUCUUCCUUACCCCUAGGAGUCACUUAGGUUUGGGUUAUGGUUGUGCAAAACACUAUUGACUGGUGACUGACUUGUUUGCUUCAAUCAUAGCCUUUUAAAUGACCUUAAAAUUACCAUAUUGUUAAGAAAAUGAGUACUUGUUUUAGAAAAAAAUUGUACUUUUAAAAUUCAGUUAGUUAACACUGCAAAAAACUGCAUAUUAUAUUUUUAUUUUCAACAUGUAGUUUUGUAUAUUAAAUUUAUUGAAAUUAAAAACUAAA